AUGUCGUCCGCGACCAGUGUUUCCGUCGGUGACGAUGUCGUGAGUGCGUUCAACGAGUUCCGCACGAGCGCAAACUCCAAGGGGGACAGAAUCAAGUUUGUGAUCUUCAAGAUCUCUGACGACAAGAAGAACGUUGUCGUCGACGAGGCCUCGAAGGAAACCGACUAUGAGGUCUUCCGCAACAAGCUCGCGGACGCCCAGGAUGACAAGGGCAAACCCGCUCCUCGCUACGCUGUUUACGAUGUUGACUACGAGAUCCCCAAUGAAGGCAAAAGAUCCAAGAUUGUCUUUAUCGCUUGGGUGCCCGACGAUGCUCCUACCUUGUGGCGCAUGGUCUACGCCAGUACCAAGGAGGAUUUGAAGAGGGCGCUUAAAAUCACCAGCGAGAUCCACGCCGACGACAAGUCCGACAUUGAGUGGAAGACUGUUCUUGCUGAUGCAAGCAAUAAGAAAGCUGCUGAGUUGCAAAACUAA